AUGGUAGAGGACUACGCGUUCGCGUACGACUGCCCCUCGUUUUCUGAUCGCGUGCUCUGCCUCACAACCGGCCCCCUGCCCCCGGAGCACUCGGCCCAGCAUCUGGCCUCGGCCUUUGCCGCCUCGUCGCCCUCCCUCUCGUACGACGGCGCAGGCACCAGCGGUGUGGCAUCUGCUCGUGAGGGUCCCCUCGCCAAACGUAGGAAGAUUUUGAACGAUGAAGACCUCAUGGUCGAGGAAAGUGGUGGAGCUCCCGCCUUGACCGCCAUCGCUCAUCCGCCGGCUGGCACCCUCAGCGCCGCCGCCGCCGUGGCGGCUGUGGCCCAACCAUCACCCAAACGAAACGUCAUGAUCAAAUCUUCCAAGCAGAGGAGGAAAGCAGCGAGAACGUUAGUGAGCGACUCUGGCGAUGAGGAAAAGCUCGACACAAGCGCCGAAGGGGUAGAGGAAAAGGAGCAGGAGCAAGAAGAAGAAGAAAGGGAGGAAGAGGAGGAAGGCGCCGGAAGUGCUGAGCGCCAACGCGAUCGAAGAAGGAAGCGGAGGAGCGCGAGCGAGGAGGGGCAACAAAACGUGGUGAAGAUCCACGUGAGCGGACUCCUCCUGGCAGCCAAAAGCCGCUUCUUCCGUUCGCUCUUCGCGUCGGGCAUGAAGGAGACCCACCAACGAGAGGUGUGGUUGCAAAUGAGUAAAGAAGAGCUUAGGCCACUCCAGGAUAUCAUUCGCUUCAUCUACGAAGGUCGGCUUCACGCCUCCACGUUUCGGUCCCUUGUGGAAGUGCUCAUUACGGCCGAUAAGGUAAGUUACCCGACUCAACAGUGUGUAGCCAAUCUAAUCAACUCCUCUUUGCAGUAUGAUGUCCCUUCGGCAGUUGACGCAGCGUCCAGGUCACUGGCGACCAUCCAUUUCACUCUCGAGCAGUGCGAAGAGGUGCUGUCCCUGGCCACACCCUCCCAAAAGGCACUCGUGUCUCGAUGCCAAGAAGUGCUAUUAGACCGUUUUGGGAACCUGGACAAGGUGUGGGAGCAGGACGACUUCUGGCAACUGAGCCCCGCGGCCUUGCGUACUCUCUUGGACUGCGACAAGUGCGAGAUCUCCAGCGAGAACAAUCUCUUCCACGUUCUACGCACCUGGCUUGCGAAGGACAAGGAAGAGCGGCAAGGCCAAUUGGGCCACAUUCUGCCCAGCAUCCGUUGGCCCAUGAUGGACAGCCACUUCCUCAAUGACGUUGUCGCACAAGCGUCCUGGCUACAGAGUUGUCCUUCGUUUCAGGUUCGUUUUUUGGCUUCCAACUCAACAACAAGCGUCAUGUCUCACUCUUACGCUGCCUACAGGCGCUUCACAAGGAGGCGCUGGUAUGGCUCUCCUUCGGCAAGAAGCGCCAGCAGAUGGAGCUGGCGAGCAACAACCAAGUGGCAAGCAACCGGCGCUACUGUUCCCGACCGCUGCCAGCCGAGCCGCAGAAGAAGCUGGUUUUCGAUUGGGAGGUCGAGCUCAAGGACGGCGCCGAGCACUACACCAGUUCCUACCUCCUACACAAGGGCUACUACUUGUACGGGUCCCCCUCGAUUACCAGAUCUACGCUGCCGUCUUUCCGAAUUCUGA